AUGGAAAAGAGCAGAUUUGCCUCUCACGGACCUUCAGCUAAAAAUGGAGCAAGCGAUAUGUUUGAGAUUGUAUCCCUCUACGAGCCGGUCAAGAUAGAACAUGCUGUUGCCGACAUUCUCCUGAUAUCUGGUUUGACCGGAGACCCUAUCAAUACGUGGAGUUAUGGUGAUAUAUGUUGGCCACGAGAUCUUCUGCCGCAAGCUCUCUCGUCUCCUGUCCGUAUUUUGAGCUUUGGAUACAAUCCUAGCAGACAUUCGAAUGUGUAUCCAGAUAUUGAGGACAGCGCACUACACCUUAUCAGCGAAUUAGAGAGAGUGAGGCCUGUGAAGAUUACUAGUCUUAACAAAUAUCGAAAGGCUCUCAUUCUGUGCAGUGAUAAGCCUUCCCUACGGCGCAUUCCUGCUGCAUUGUCCGGGAUAGUAUUCCUCGCUGCACCACAUCGAGGAAGCUCCUUGGCUGAUAUUGCAAAUCGGCUUGUGAGGCAGUUAAGGAUACGUUUGCCCCGAAAAUUUAUAAAUGCAUUAAAGAAGAAUUCAGUAGAAUUAGAGCGGAUUGCAACCGACUUUCAGCAAAUCGCCAAUCAGAGAAACCUACCCAUUUUCAGCUUCUAUGAGUUGCUUCCAGUGAGGGGUCGCCUUAGUUGUUUCGUUGAUGUUGUCGUUGAUAAGGACUCCGCACUUCUUAGAAUUCCAAGUGAGGGUGCACUUGGAGUAUAUACAAAUCACCGAGAUAUCUGCAGGUACCGAGAUUGUGAUAAUCCAAUCUUCCGAGACGUCACUCGACAUUUGCAACAAUUGGUAGAUUUAGGCCCGCAGCAUAGUAGUGCUCGCGUAUUCCUUCCCUUUGAUGGCACUCCGCACUUUGUCGGCCGGCAAGAUUACCUUCAACAGAUCCACAACACAUUUAAUGGCGCAGAUAACCGUCAAGUAAUCGCUCUUUCUGGUGAAGGCGGUACCGGAAAGACAGAAAUUGCAUUGAAAUAUGCACGGGAGAAUGCAAAUCAUUAUGAUUAUGUCUUUUUCGUGGAUUCUACGGAUACACAAUCUUUGGAGAGCGAUUUUAUCAGACUCCACAGCAAGUUGGGGUUACCGCCGAGCAACUCUUGCGCAUUGAAUGAUAUCAAGCAAUUCCUACGCCUAGAACGCUUUUGGCUUAUGAUACUUGAUAAUGAUAAUAACUGGCUGGCCCUGAACUGGUUGGGAUUCCCAGAAACUACACACGGUCACAUUAUCAUAACGUCCCGACACCGUGAGCAUACCAGUGAUUCUAGAGUCACGAAGGCGCUUUCUACAAAUCCUCUGGGACCAAUGGAUGCCAGAAAUUUUUUACUAUCGAGAGCUGGAAUCGAUGUAAAAGAAUGGCUUAGCUGGGAGACCAAAGCAGAAAAUGUAGUCAAGUAUAUGGGAUGUCAACCUCUCGCAGUUGAUUCAGCAGCUGCAUAUAUGUUGGCCUAUGGUGUUACCGUUGAUGAAUACCUCAAUGCUCUCACUGGGAGGCGAGUUUCACGAAGACUACUCUCCUAUCGACCUAAUGCAUCCAUAUAUAAGACGUCGGUUGAAUCAAUUAUCCAGCUGGCUCUGGAUGAAGUCAAGAAAAAUCCAGAUGCAUUUAGGCUGCUUAAUAUUCUCGUUUGGCUUGACCGAACUAAGACAACUAUCAGUUUUCUCAAGCGUGCAGCCUCUCCUCAGCCUCGAUGGGGCCCUGAUGGUCAGGUCGAGAUGAGGGAUCCAAUAAGGAGCUACGUGCCAUCGGACCUUGUUCGAUUGAUAAAUGGGCCAAGCUUUCAUAUUGCUCUCAAAGAGUUACAGUCGUGUUCUUUGAUCGCCAGUGGUGAAAUGUUUGAAGACGGAAGAAGCCCGGGGAGCAAAGAUACAAUUGUUUUGCAUCCUUUGACAUAUUUAUAUAUUCGAGAAGCUCUCCCUCCCACUAAGAUGCUAGAGAAUGCAAUCCAUGCUCUCAGUCUUGUUAUUCAUGCUUAUCCUGUGGCACAAGCUGGCUUAGAUCAAAGUCCCUUGCGAAGCAUUCUUCCACAAGUCUGUCAAUGCAGUCUCAACUGCGAGUAUCUUGCCGAGGAAAGUCUCGAUCUGAUUAAAGCCAUUGAGAAGGUUGAUAUUCGGGUAGAAGAAGAGAGGACUUUUGCCGAAAUUACAGCUGAAAUGUUUAUGGAAGUUGCUCGUGGAUACGGUGAAGGGUCUAGUCAUUUAGAUAAUACCCUUCCUCGGUGGAUUAAAACCCUUAUCAACUCUUCAGAGAAAGCCGGGCUCCAGGCUCGCCUAUGGUGCACAAGACUUCCGUUGGAGUUUUACAGCAAGGGGAAAUUUACAGAUGGUUGCGAAGCCGCUGCCGCAUUUUUGCGAGAUGCAAACUUCAGCCCCGGCAGUAAGAUCACGAGUAAUGAUAAUGCCCAGGCAGGCUUUUUGCGCCAUAUGUCUGUCGAGUACCUGGCUCGCGAUGAUAGCCUUUCAGACAGAGAAGAGUGGGAGAAACGCGCAAAAUAUAUAGAGGCCUGGAAACCAUUAGACCCUCAGAACCCUUCAGAACUUGAGCGAUAUGCGCAGGGUAUGGGUAUAAGGAUGCGGGGUAAGCUUGCUAAAGAUUUCGGACUGUUCCACGAGGCAUAUUUUUCUUUGAAACUCUUCAUUGAACAAUACGCUAAGCGCGGAAGUCGUGAAGAAGGUUGGGCUAUUGGCGACUUGGGGCAAGUUGUGCUUGAACUUGAAGGGGCAGAUGAAGACUGUGAUGCCUUGAGUGACUUAAUGACAAAUGGCAUUAAGUGCGGCCACGAUCAACUGAUACCUGAACUAGAGGCAAGGCCAUGCGAGGUCAUCACUCAAAUAUAUUCUCAGGCCAUAGAAAGCCGUAUGAUUGCCAGGGGAAGCUCGAGUCAGUAUGACAGGGAUAAUGUUCGCGAGAGUGAUACAAUGUUUCUCGAAAUUAACCGCGCUGUCAGCAUCCUUCGCGAAGGCAUCUUUAACCCCGGAAGAUACGCGGAGGCAGAACGAAAACUUAUUGGAUUAAAGGAUCGAUUCGAAAAUAUGCUGACAAUGGGAGCUCUAUGGCACGAUGAUCAAACCCGCCAUUUCUCAGUGCUCGCAUAUCUCGCCCAAAUUUCACAUCUCCAGAUGGACUGGGAGGCGGCACAAAUCCGGUGGAUAGAAACGAUUGAUUACGGCCAAUUAUCCGUAAAGGAGUGGAAUGGGGAUCAUUAUUAUAUAGAUGUUGCCAGGUAUAGUCUUGCUAAUGCUCAACUUCAGGCAGGAGGAGAACCAGAUGCGAUCAUUGCGGGGCUAGAUGAAAUUGUUCAUCGACUGAAUGCCGAGGUGGUGACAUGGAAUUUAGGACUCGGAACAUUUUGGCUAGAAUAUAUAAGGAAAUCAAUGACUGAGGUUAUGAGUGUUGAAGAAAUUGCUAGGGAAGGGUGA